UUCUAACAUGGGUACGGAAAGGUCGAGCAAGAGAACCUCCUCUUCCUGGGGAUACGCAAUAGUUCUCAGCAAGUUUGUUGUACUAACUAUUGACACCGGGAUUGCCAAAUCGUUUGGUGUCCUUAUUCCGACAAUGGUUAAGCGGCUGGAAUCGGACUAUGCAACCGUUGGUUUUAUAUGUAGUAUGCCGUCUACCCUUAUGUAUGUGUUAUGUCCAAUCAUAAUAAUAUUUCUCAAGAAGAUGGACCGUCGAGUAAUCGCUAUGAUUGGUGGACUGAUCUGUGGAUCAUGUAUGAUAGCCUGCUCCUUCUUUACAAAUAUAGUCGUUGUCGGUAUCUUACUUGCUUUAUCAGGUGCAGGUUUAUCAAUGUCUUACAUGCCAACAGUGCUUGCAUUGAAUGAGUUUUUCCCAGAGAACUUCGUUUUUGCAAAUAGCAUCUCGCUAUACGGCUACACUGCUGGGUCAAUCCUAUUACCAAUUAUAACGGAACGAUCCCUGGUAGCGUACGGCUAUUCUGGCGCUUACGUCAUCCUCGGAUCUCUUGCCCUUAAUCUUGUUGCCUGCGGUGCCACAUUACGAAAGGCCCCAAGAGACAACACUACGAACGAAGGGGAAAACAUAGCUGGCAUGACGGAGAGGCAGAAUGGUACCGAUGGAAUGAUAUCCCCAAAUCAAUGUAGCGUAUUUCUGGACGGAGGGGAGGACGACGAACCUACUGAAGACGAAGGUGAUAAGACAGGAUUGAUUAAAACUAAGAUGUUGAACGAUCGGGAUCAGGGCAAACUACCGAAAACAGGAUCAACCUGGACACGUUCUUUCGUUGAGUCUUGUAAACAGUCGUUCGGGAUCUUGAACGAAUCCAUAUACCUUAUCUCCUUACCACUCCAUUUCUCCAUUUACUACUUGACCUUCGCAUGGAUGCUCUUUCUUGUUCCUCACGCGGAACAACUCGGCAUUGCCCCCUCCAAGGCCAUCUUUCUCUCCACAAUAGGUGGCAUCGGAGGAAUCAUCGGUCGGACCCUUAUGUUAAUAAUCAUCCACAAAAAAUUCCAAGUGUACACAGUCUACACUGCAACGGGAGUGGUCUGCACGACAUCGUUCCUGCUGGACUUCAUCGGUUCGUCUUACGGAGUACGAGCCGUGUUGGCCUUCGUCCAGGGAUACAGUUUCUUCAUAGAGGAUUGCAUUCCAGGAAAUCUGUAUAAAGAUGCCAUUUGUAACGAUGCGAAUUUCGGCGCUUCCAUUGCUCUUAGUUCGUUCUUGGGAGGACUCGGGGCGACGGCUGCAGGAACCUUCUCGGGCUAUCUAUAUGAUGUCACGCAUUCAUUCACGAAAGUUUUCAUCAUCAACGGCUGUAUUCACGCUUGCGUUGUCUGCAAUCUCGCCUUCGUAGCCAUCUUGAUCAAACGACGAAACGACAGAGCCACAUCAUCUUGAUUCAAUCUGUUGGAUACUAUAUUGUGAGUCAUAAAGGAUUUGUAUAGGGAUCUCCUUGCUCCAGUAGGCAAUGGAUUAUUUCAAAUGACUCGCAUCCGAAAUAGAUUUGUUCGAUAAUCGUUGAAUCAUCAUUAUUCGUAAUAUGUAUUUUGUUUACUUCAAAGUUACAGAAAGGAAUGACCUUCGCAAAGGUCAAGCCCUUCACACGAUUUAACGGGUCUGAAUACGAAGCCUAUAAUGUCUUGUCUACUGAAGCAAGUUUUAUAUAAUGUUACGCUAGUCUUUGUGUGAUGAUCCACUUGUCAAAGUUUCAAUACGGGUCUGUGUCAGAAGACUACAACACUACAGCGUCUGCUAGCUCAUUUCCUUCAAACUACAUGUACACCACAACAAGACACACACAAUGCAGUUGUUAAACAUUGAAUUUACUCCCUAUGUAGACAUAUCGGUAGAGUAAUAUUACUGAGUUUAUAGGAGUUUAAUACACAGAGCAGAAGGUAGUAAACACAUCCUGCAGCCUUGUUGACUUUGAGAAAACUGGGCAUAAGCGAGAUGCGUCCUAGAGACGGUUAUCAAAAUAACACCAAAGAAUCACUGUCUGUGUCUAAAUAAAAUUGUUCAAUCAUAUUGUAUAGGACAUUUUUGGGAGGUUGCCUUUUUUAAACUACCACUUUGGUCCCAUAACUUCAUCUUGAUUUUGGGCAAUGCGAUCAUUCGUUGAAAAUUUGUUCUUC